UCUUGUUCCGUAUCAAAUCUCAAUUCCUUGUUCAUUCUCUAUCUCGAUCUCGAAAUGGAAACUGAGACUAAAGCUCCGGUGGUUGCCAAGAAGGUUUGGAACAUUGUAAGGGUGGUUCUUGUGAUGCUGAGAAAAGGCAUAGCCAAGAGCAAGGUCGCGCUUGAGCUCCAUUUGCUUCUCAAACUCGGGAAGCUCGCCGGAAAGGCCUUCGCCAACAGUACUCUGAUGCUCCACCACCACUUCGCCUCCCUCUCUAACAACCACCGCUCCUUCGUCCCCCCGCGUGAUUACGAGUUCAGCUGCAGCAACAGCCCCGCCUCCUACCCCUUCGGCUCCGCCAUCAAACGCAAGCACCGGCUCGGUAAUAAGUCGUACCAACACGACGACGUGUGCACCGUGGCUGCCGUUCAGAAAGUGCUUGAGAUGUUGAACAACGAGAGUUCCAUGGUCGUGGAAGCCUCGCCGCCGGUGACAUUGCCGGGUUUCGGAAAGAGCCCUAUCGGAAAGCAACUGAGAGUUACGGACUCGCCGUUUCCGUUGAAGGACGACGGAGAUAGCCAGGUGGACUUGGAGGCCGAAGAAUUCAUAAAGAAGUUCUACAGAGAUUUAAAUUUGCAGAAGACGAUGGCCGUUUUCGAUUCACCUUGUCCCAGGUACUUGUGGGAUAGGUGAAUUGUGAGACGUCCCUGUAUAUGAUCCCAUGCAUAUAGACGCCUCAAAGCUAGCUACAUCGAUCUCACGAAGCAAGACCUUCUAUUUUUCGCUGCUAUAUAUGUGAUGAAACGUCACUUGAUGAAGUAGUUUUUUCUGGGUUGGUUCUUGAAGUGAGCUAUAGCUAGCUAGCUAGCCAGUGCGUGCUUGGACGUGCAUGGGGUUAAUUCUGAUUUGUCAUCGAUCACACUGUGGUCUUGGUGUUUUUUUUUAUUUCUCUUUUUUAAAUUUGACUCCUCUGUAUUUUUGGGUUGAAACCCUUUGUUGUGAUUUGUCGAUGUUGAUAAUAAAAGGAGUCAAAAGGAGUUACAGGGGGGAAAGAAAUCAAAGAUGGAAUUGUACCUGUGCUUCUGUAGAAGGUUAGGAAUAAUUUCUCUUGUUUCAAUAAAGGACGUCGCACCAACUACUGCGACUUUGGAUGAUAAA